GACUUAAAUAAAUUCCUCCGAGAAGUACAAUUGAAGUAAAUUGCACGUUUCAUUACACUAUAUACAACAAACACAACUAAGUUCUCAUCUGCAUCUUUUGGUCUUUCUCCAAUCUUGACCAUGGAGUACUCUCCUAGAGUUGUUAUUUCUCUGUUUUGCUCCUAUAUGCUUAUAUUGCUUACUACCAGUAGUACUGUGACCACUACAUUGGCUUUGAAAGACUGCGAGUUUCCGGCCAUCUUCAACUUCGGAGACUCGAAUUCAGAUACUGGUGGACUGGCUGCAGCCUUUCUACCAUUACCCGCACCUUAUGGAGAGACCUAUUUUCAUAUGUCAGCCGGAAGAUACUCUGAUGGAAGACUCAUAAUCGACUUCCUGGCGAAGAGUCUUGGUCACCCUUAUCUAAGCGCAUAUCUGGAUUCUCUUGGGACAAAUUUCUCGUAUGGGGCAAAUUUCGCCACUGCUGCUUCCACUAUCAGACUCCCACAUCUCAUUUUACCACAAGCUGGAUUUAGUCCCUUCUAUCUUGAUAUUCAAUACUCGCAGUUCCUGCAACUAAAAUCCAGAUCACAACUCAUAAGGCAACGAGGGGGAAUAUUUGCAAGUUUAAUGCCCAUGGAGGAGUACUUCUCCAAAGCUUUAUACACAUUCGACAUUGGUCAGAAUGAUCUUGGGGAGGCAAUACUCUCUCGUAACAUGCCUAUACAGGAAGUAAAUGCAUCUGUUCCUGAUAUAAUCACUGGUUUCUCAACUAAUAUCAAGAAAAUAUAUGACUUGGGAGCAAGAUCAUUUUGGAUCCACAAUACGGGGCCAAUUGGCUGUCUUGCUUACAUUUUGGUAAGAUUCCCAUCAGCUCAGAAAGAUGAGGCUGGUUGUGCAAAGGCUUACAAUGAAGUAGCUCAACAUCUUAACCACAAGCUGAAGCAGGCCGUAGUUCAACUCAGGAAGGAGCUUCCUUUGGCUGCAUUCACUUAUGUAGAUGUGUAUUCUGUCAAGUACUCUCUUUUCAAGGAACCUGCAAAGUUUGGAUUUGAGCUCCCACUUGUUGCUUGUUGUGGCUAUGGUGGCGAAUACAACAGUAGUGCAGGAUGUGGAACAACAAUCUCAAUCAAUGGAAGCCAAAUCUUUGUUGGUUCAUGCAAAACCCCCUCAACUAGAGUGGUCUGGGAUGGGAUUCACUACACCGACGCAGCUGCGAAAUUUGUUUUUAAUAAAAUCUCAACCGGAGCAUAUUCAGAUCCAUCCCUGUCCUUGAAGCAAGCAUGUCACAGGAGUUGAUCGAAAGAAGAACUUGGUGAAAUAAUGGACUUUCUUGUUUAGAUUACGUUUGAAUCAAAGAAAAUAAAUUAUCUCUCACAAUAACAUCAAAGUUGAUUAGCUCCAAUAUCGGAGUUGUAGUUUCAUGUCUAAAAAGAAAAUAAAUUAUAUCUCAC